UGGGGGCGGGGCUGGGACGCGCGCGCGAAGAUGGCGGCUGCCGCCGGUGGGCCGUGUGUGAGGAGCAGUAGAGAACUGUGGACAAUUCUACUUGGAAGGUCAGCUCUUAGAGAACUGAGUCAGAUUGAGGCAGAACUGAAUAAAUAUUGGCAGCGGCUGUUAGAAGGGCUUUCUUACUACAAACCUCCCAGUUCAAGUUCAGCUGAAAGAGUGAAAGCUAAUAAAGAUGUAGCGUCACCGCUGAAGGAACUGGGCUUACGAAUCAGCAAGUUCUUGGGUCUGGAUGAAGAGCAGAGUGUGCAGUUACUGCAGUGUUACCUUCAGGAGGAUUACAGGGGGACUCGGGAUGCACUCAAGACGGUCCUGCAAGAUGAGAGGCAGAGCCAGGCCUUAACCCUUAAGAUUGCAGAUUAUUACUAUGAAGAAAGAACCUGCAUUCUUCGUUGUGUCUUACAUCUUCUGACAUAUUUCCAAGAUGAACGACAUCCCUAUAGGGCUGAAUACGCAGACUGUGUUGACAAACUGGAGAAGGAACUAGUUUUAAAAUACAGACAGCAGUUUGAGGAGCUGUACCGAAUGGAAGCACCGACCUGGGAGACACAUGGCAAUCUAAUGACUGAGCGCCAGGUGUCUCGAUGGUUUGUUCAGUGUCUCCGGGAGCAGUCUAUGCUGCUAGAAAUUAUUUUCCUCUAUUAUGCGUACUUUGAGAUGUCGCCCAAUGACCUACUGAUACUAACCAAAAUGUUCAAGGACCAAGGAUUUGGUAGUAGGCAGACCAAUAGACACCUGGUGGAUGAAACCAUGGAUCCUUUUGUAGAUCGGAUUGGGUACUUCAGUGCCCUCAUCCUGGUGGAAGGCAUGGAUAUCGAGUCCUUGCACAAGUGUGCCUUGGAUGACAGGAGAGAGCUGCACCAGUUUGCUCAAGAUGGGCUUGUUUGUCAGGAUAUGGAUCGUGUGAUGUUGACCUUGGGAGACAUUCCACAUCACGCCCCUGUACUUUUGGCCUGGGCUCUCCUCCGUCACACACUGAACCCAGAAGAGACCAGCAGUGUGGUCAGGAAAAUAGGUGGCACAGCCAUCCAGCUGAAUGUGUUUCAGUACUUAACUCGACUGCUUCGGUCACUUGCCAGUGGGGGAAAUGAUUGUACCACAAGCACCGCUUGCAUGUGUGUCUAUGGCCUCCUCUCCUUUGCUCUGACCUCACUGGAGCUGCACACGCUGGGCAAUCAACAGGAUGUAAUUGAUACAGCCUGUGAAGUCCUGGCAGACCCUUCUCUUCCAGAGUUGUUCUGGGGAACAGAACCAACCUCUGGUCUUGGCAUCAUUCUGGACAGCGUGUGUGGGAUGUUUCCACAUCUCCUGUCCCCACUUUUGCAAUUGCUGCGAGCCUUAGUGUCAGGGAAGUCUACUGCCAAAAAGGUAUACAGUUUCCUGGAUAAGAUGUCUUUUUAUAAUGAACUUCAUAAGCACAAGCCCCAUGAUGUGCUCUCCCAUGAAGAUGGAACUCUUUGGCGGAGGCAAACACCCAAACUCCUGUACCCUCUAGGUAAGACAGAGAUGCUUUGCAGUAGCCCUGUUUGAAGAUAUUGUUAGACC